AUGGCACUGCAGCGGCAAUGGCGAGUUGUGGGGCUGGCAGUGUUGCAGGUUGCUUCCCCUGCGCUGCUGCUGCGGCAGCACCUCUCGCAGUGUCUGCUGCAGCAAGACCUCAGCCUAGCUUUCUUUGGAGUUUCCGUACUAAGAGCCUGCUGUCACGCGCUACGCUGCAUGCAUGCGGCUUUGAGACACAGCCCCGAGCAGCAGCAGCUCUUCCUGUCACAGGUAGCGCUUAGACUCCCGGACCCCAAGACUCUUGUCAACUCCCUGCUGCGCAUGACUCAGCAGCAGCAGCAGCAACAGCAGCAGCAGCAGCAGCAGCAGAAACAGAAGCAGCAGAAGCAGCAGAAGGCUGCGUCGCAGCGUAUACCGGACCCUGAGGAGGCGCCGUUUGUGGAGUGCUGGCUAUCGGACGAAGCUUUGGCGAGGGCAGCAGCAGCAGCUGCUGCUGCUGCUGCUAAGGAGCAGCAGCAGCGAGACCUUGAGAGCCUGAAGCAGCAGGGACCAUCGGAGGCGAGCGAUGACGACGAAGUGGAAGUCCAUGUGGCGGGGGUGGGGGAAGAGGAAACAGAAGGAGACAGCAUGGGGGCCACGACGAAGUGGAAGUCCAUGUGGCGGGGGUGGGGGAAGAGGAAACAGAAGGAGACAGCAUGGGGGCCCCUGGGGGGGCCCCCGAGGAGACAGUGCAGGGGACGUCUCAGCGCGUAUGGGACACAGACAAAGGGGUACCUCUGA